UUUGAGAAAGUCCUUCGAGUUGGGUUAAGAUCCUCUCCGGAUCCCUGCGGAUCAACUAGAAAGUUGCAGCCCCGCUGCAAACUACGUCGUCGCUUCGUUCCCCCUCUUCCUAGUUGUCGGAGAUCCAUCUGCUUGACGUGAAUCUAGGCUUAGGCAUCGACCUGGCUCGAUGGAUCUCAGUUUGGUACGGUUUUUGGAGAAGUAGCCGGACAUCGACUUGGCUCGAUGGGCAUCGAUUGGACGACGGCCUUCGCCGGAGAAGUAGUCGGUCAUUUCUGAGAGACGUCGUCGACCCCGUUCUGCAGUGUGGCGGAAGAGGGCUGCUGCUUCUUGUUGAUUCCUGGCCGCCCGAUCUUCUUUUGAACGGUCAGGAUCAGUUGAUUCUCAGGAUCCGGACAGUUAAGAUCCGGAGAGGAUCUUAACCCUUUGGAGUUAAAGUAUUAAAAAAAAGAAAAUUAAUAAAAAAGUUUAUGUAACAACAAAAUAAAAAAUAAAAUAAAUAGUUUUGAUUUUUGUACCUGAAACUUUUCAGUUCUUUUAAAAAUAAGGCAGCUGCACACGUGUUUCCAAAAUAGGAUAAUGCCAAAGAAUAAAAAGUGAUGGAGUCUCUGACGGCGUCAACUCUUUCUAUUCUCGAUAAGAAAUCAAAGUUUGCGUCGUUAAUCCAUCCCGAUCGACGUCCAUUGGCAGCUAGUGCUCCCCGGUCCCAGGCGGUUAUAAAUACCACCUCCCCUUUGAACGCUUACCAUUUCCGUUCUCCCUCUCUUUCUUCGCUUCCAAGAGCUUCACUGCGUUUGCCAAAGAAUCUCAAGAUUGAUCUUUGAAGAUGCCAGUUGAGAGUUCGAAUGCAUCUGAUCAAGAUGCUGAACCAUUUGUGGAGGUUGAUCCAACUGGACGGUAUGGGCGGUAUGCUGACCUCCUUGGUCAUGGUGCUGUGAAAAAUGUUUAUAGGGCUUUUGAUCAGGAGGAAGGUACAGAGGUGGCCUGGAAUCAGGUCCGGUUGUACAAUUACAGUGAUGACCCAACACUUAUAAAUCGGCUUUACUCUGAGGUUAUGCUGUUGAGGCAAUUGAAGAACAAGUAUAUCAUUGUUUGUCACAGCGUUUGGAAGGACGAGGCGCAUAGCACUUUGAAUUUUAUCACUGAGGUGUGCAAUUCUGGAAACCUGAGGGAGUACAGGGAGAAGCAUCGCCGUGUGUCGCUUAAGGCUCUGAAGAAGUGGUCGAGACAGGUGCUUGAGGGAUUGGAAUACCUCCAUACGCACGAGCCGUGCAUCAUUCACAGAGAUCUCAAUUGCAGCAACAUCUUCAUCAACGGGAAUACUGGCCAGGUGAAAAUUGGUGAUCUGGGGUUUGCAGCAAUAGUGGGAAAGAACCAUUUAGCACAUUCGAUUAUAGGUACACCCGAGUAUAUGGCGCCCGAGCUGUACGACGAGGAUUACACAGAAAUGGUGGAUAUAUACUCGUUCGGGAUGUGCUUGCUGGAGAUGGUGACAAUGGAGAUACCAUACAGCGAGUGUGACUCUGUUGCCAAGAUAUACAGGAAGGUGACAAUGGGUGUCAAGCCUUUAGCCUUGAACAAGGUGACUGAUCCGGAGGUGAAGGCGUUCAUUGAGAAAGCCAUAGGCCAGCCGAGGGCAAGACCUACAGCCUCUGAUCUUCUCAAGGAUCCCUUCUUGUCUGAAGUCAGUCAGUAAGAGCCCGACCCGAGCUUGUGAUGGCUUUUCGACACUCGUGAUCUUUCAAGACCUCGUUUCAUGAUAUAGGGGUUUCGUCUGGCUCUCAUUUCUGAACCAUCACAAGCGAUUGACGGGGUUUCUGUUCAAGUAUAUGCCUCUCUCUCUCUCUCUCUCUCUCUCUCUCUCUCUCUUGUGUAUUCUCUCGUAGUUCUUGACCUGUGCAGUUGGGUUUGUAAUAAAAAUGAAUGCCGGUACCCUAUAGUAUAUACUAUUACAUAGUCCAUAGUGAACUUGCUUGAAGAGUCUUCGAAGAUAUUCUGGGAAAGUUAGUGUCCGUCAAGCAAGAAAACGGCCCGAAUGACGCAAUAAUCCCAGCUGAUGUGGUGACGGUUCAUUCGUUGAAAUUGAGCGCAUAGUGAACCUCAUUUAUUAAGAAUGAAUAAGCAAAUGCUAUAUUAUGUGUUA